UAUAAAAGCCAAAACAUGCUGUCAAUUCAUCAUAAAUAUUUGUAGAAUAUUGUUUUACAAUUUAUUAGUAUUAAAAUCGUUUUUAUGAAAUUAGAAAUUUAAAUAUGAAAGCAAUAAGUGUUUUUGUGUUAUGCACUCUUGCAGUUGCAGGAAAGGGCUCCGCGCCAAUAGAAGCCAUAGACCUCUUACGUUCUUUAUCAGCUGAAUGCUUACAAGAACUAGGAGCUUCUGAAGCCGUUUUCGAUGAAAUGAUGAAAAAUCUACCUGCCACGAGCAUGGACAUAAAAUGCCUCCGAGCAUGUAUAAUGAAACAAGUCAGCGUGCUCACGCCUGAGGGUAAGCUACAUAAAGAUAAUGCACUUAAGUUAGUUGAAAUGCAUGUCAAUGGUGAUGCUGAAAAAAUGAAAAUUGCCCGUGCUGUUGGCGAUGCGUGUGAAGGCAUAGCAGUUCCCGAUGAUCAUUGUGAAGCUGCAGAGCUCUAUAAAAUGUGUAUGGUAGAUGAAGCAAAAAAGCACGGAAUCAAUGAAAUAUUAUAAAUUAAUUAUUCACAUAGCAGUCUUUGUAAAAUAUGAUUUCCGUAAAAUGUUAUUUUUAUUAUAAAAAGUUUAAACAUUUGAAAUAUAAAUAAUAUGCAUUUA